UGUUGCCAUUCAUACAACAGAAUGAUAGGUUUGUGUUCAACUAUAUAGGCCCAGAUUCCACACUUUGGGCAGCCGAAACAAUGAAUCACACGGUGAACAUAAAAGAAUUGCUGAACACACAGUCAACAGGAUGCAGAAAUGGAGCCACCAACUUUACAGAUUCUCAGUUUUUCUUUGGGUCCCAAUUUUGGCGGGAACAUUCUCAAAGUCUUUCUCAGGAUAAGAGUUUGUCAUCCAGGAACUCCCAGCAAAGUUCACAAGAGUGUAGCGACACCAAGAUUUCAACCAAUUAUCAGUCCAAGCCUCUCCUGUUUGGAGACACAAUGAACAAACAAACACUUUUGGAUACAUUUGAGGAGGCAAAGAAAAAAGCAAAAGAAAAAAAUGACAGUGAUAGGUUUGCAAAAGAAUGCCUUCAAAUUCACGAAACCCUAACCAAAAAUGGAGACAGCAGCACAGAAUUUGCCGCAAAUAUGCGAAGUGAUGUGGAUUGUCUGAGACGGGAGCAAGAAGAAGCCAGUUCGAAGCAAGAAAGCAUGCUUGAGGAGGCCUUGCAGAUGCUGAAUGCCUUAGUUUCAGAGCACCCAGGUAAGCUCUGUUCUGUUAAAGUAACUGACAAAGCCAUGCAGACAUCACCAGGACAGGACAAAGGGACCCAAAUGGCACAGAAUUCCUGUACACCAGACAGUCAAGUUCCUGAUCUGGAUUGUGCUGUUAAAAUGAGAAAGAAGAAACCCACAAGCAGAUACAGAAGGAGACCUCUGGUCCGACACAGAUCUAAUCACAUUGUCGUGGAAGAAAACAGUCAAACUGUCAUGGACUGCAGCAAACAGCGAAAUGUUUCGAGGCCUCUCAGACAGUCUCCUGGCCUGAGUAAAGUAAGCGGUCAUGGUCCAGAGAGUUUAGUACAGUCGAACACAAAGAGCAGAUCCAGUGAAACUGCUGGAUGUUUCAUCACACCUCUCAGCUGCUGGUCUCAAGAGAGUAGCGGCUCUGAAAGCCCCAGAAAAGUCAAUUUCAGCUCAGAGAUAGCGCUACGUGACUCCAGUCCUCCUGAUGCCCUGUGGCAGCUGUUUUUGUAGAAGAUGAGUCAACGAUGUUUAUUAUUGAUUAUUUUGUCAAAACAAAGCCAUUUGGUUAUGGUUAUUUAUUUGGUCGGAUAAGAAUUCUGACGGAAGUAUUGGCUGAUACUAAAUGCAUACAUGACACAUUUCCCAAAAACCAUGACUAGAGUUGAUUAUAAAUAUCCUAUUGUUAAGAAACAAGUAACAACUUUAGUUUCUUUGCUCACAUUUGAAUUUAACUUAUUCUGUAUUUGUGCUGUUGACUUGUCUGUUCAAAAUAAUGCGUAAAUCACCUAUUUUAUGUGUAUUCAAAAAGUUAGGGUGAUUACCGGUAUUGUUUGUGCUGAAUAUCAGCAAAAGUUUUCAUUAAUCAUUGACACUUCUCCAAAAUAAUUAACAUUCAGAUUCAUUGCAGGUUUGUUGUAUUAGACUGCAUUAUGUUUUGUUUUGCAUUAGUCAAGAAGGAAUAA